GCAGAGGGACGCAGCCUCGGGUGCAGUCGUCACUCGCGUCUGACUAGCAGCUCCCCGCUGUCCUGCGCACGGCGGGCUGGCAUCGGGCCCGGGGAAAGCAGAGCAGUGUGUCGGACAAUAAUUCAAGCUGGCACUGUUUGAAGCUGAGGCCGGGGAAGAAGGACAGAACACUACAUGGGCUUUUGGAAGGUCUUCCCAUAGGCCCACAGUAGGAUUGUUUGCUACUGGAAGCAGUGGAAAAAGGAGGAGACUGGCUUGGGAUCGUGGAGACUGUGCUGCCACACCUUCUAUUGAGAGUGGUGCAAGGGAUUCUAAUAGUCCUUACUGAAGUAAGCAUGAGCCAGAGUGUGACUGAGAGAAGACUUUGACCUGAGAGACCAUGUGAUGAAACACAUUAGGAAGCUGGUCCCAGAUUCUGAAAAGAGCUACCUGCAUAUCUGCUGUAGUGCAUGAGAUCUCUGGAAGCAAAGAAACGAAAAGGACAGUACCUCUGAUCAGGAUAGAUUGGUCCAAAGAUCUCAUGCGUUUAUGUAUCUACUUUAGACUAUAUCAUCAAGCAAAAGAAGGAAAGAGAAGGGAACUGCCUUGGAUCAUUAAAGGUCUACCUCCAGUGGCAGCUGUAGUGGCCUUUGAGUGGCUGAAGACCAGCACCCUCACAGGCCUACACCCAGACCUACUAUCCUCUUUCCCCAGUCCGAGUGAGCUCCCCUACCCCCCGUACCUUGGCGAAUCCAGCAGGGGUGAUUCCAUGGGCCGCAUUCAGGAAGUGGGCUGGGUGACUGCAGGAUUGAUGAUCUGGGCUGGCACCUGCUACUACAUUUACAGAUUAUCCAAGGGAAGAGGCCAGAGUGUGAGGAGACUUGACAAAAAUGGGUCCAAAGUCAAGAUGGAAACUGUGUUUGGGGUACAGAACCAGACCAUGGCCAAGUGUGAAGCCAUGGCUGGGACAGAGAUUGAGACUAGACCCAAGGCCAAGACGGAAGCAGAAACUGGAACUGAAGGUGGAUCUGGGACUGGACUAGAGACCAAAGUCACUGUUGUAUCCAGCCCCAAUGUCAACACUCAGGCCAAAGCAAUGACUGGGGCAGAGGCAGAGACCCAAUGUGAGGCCAACUUGAUGGCUGGAACACUGGUUAUGACAGAGGCAGAGACUCUGACUGAAGCCAAGGCGAAAGCCAGGGAAGUGGCUGUGAAAGAGGCAGUGACACAAACUGAUACUGAGGCUAGGAGAGUAGUCAAGAAAGAGGCAGUGACUCAAACCAAGGCUAAAGCUUUGGCACUGGCUGCCAAGGCAGAGGCCAAGGAAGAAGCAAUAACCCAGACCAAGGCUGAAUCUUGUACACUGGCUGAAACAGAGGCAGAGACUAACAAAGUUACAGUGACACAGAAUGAGGCCUCGACAGUGACCAGGGCAUUGGCCAAGAUGGGAACCAUGAGCAAGACUGGAAUUGUGGCUGAGACCAAGCCCAUAGCCCUAGAAGAGACUGUGAGUGUGGCUAAGACUUGGUCUGAGGCCAAACCUGGUGCCCAAGCUGAUGCCAGGGAAAAUGUUAGUGGUAUAUCCAGGGAAGUAGCUCAAGUGGACAUGAAGUCUUGUGCACAGUUUCAGACUAUGACCAAGAUCUGGGAUGAUGACACUCCUGAUGCUGGGACUGAAGGCAAUGAAAAUCUCAAAACCAUAUCUGGGGGCGGGCUUGGGGCAGACACAAGGGCUUCUGUUCAGUCUCAGAUUGUUGCCAAGGCCCAGUCUGAGGUCUUGCUUGAGGCAAAGAUUGGUGCUGGGGGCAAUACUAAUGGUGCUUGUAAGGCAGAGGCAAGGGCAGAUAUAAGAUCUUGCACAGAACCUCAGACUGUGUCCAAGAACCUCACUGAGGUGGUGAUUGAGCCUAAGGCUGAUUGUAGGGGAAAUAGUGGUGUUUUAUCUAAAGCAGUGACUGGAGAAGACAUGAAGGCUACUGCUCAGCCUCAGACUGCAGCCAGUGUUCUGGUUAAGGCUGUGCCUGAUGUCAAGGCUAAGGGUAAAUGUAAUCCAAAUGCCAUGGCUAAAGCAGAGGCCAGGGCCAACUUGAAGACUAGUUCCCAGGUUGAGCCCUCGCCUGAUGCCAAGCAUAAGAACAGAGGUAAUUCUGAUACCAUGGUUAAGGCAGAGGUUGGCCCAGACGUGUUAUCCUGUACACAGCCUCAAUGUGUGACUAGUGUCAACACCAUGUCUAAGGAAGGAACUCAGCCUACAACUCAGAACCAGUGUGAAGCCUUAUCUAGUACAAGAGCUAAAAGUAAGGGCAAAGCCAAAACCAAAACUAAAACCAAAACCAAAUGUAAGGCAGGAAUUGAGACAGAUGUAAAAAUCUGUGCACAGCCACAGGCUGGGACCAAGACCCAAGAUGAGGCCUCAUCUGAUUCCAAGGUUGAUGGUAAGGGGGAUUCUAAUGUCAUUUCUGGAGCAGAUACCAAGGCAGACCAGAGUUUAUGUGGUCAGUCCCAGUCUGUGGCCAAUCUCCAGGGUGAAGCCUUGCCUGGUUCUAAGAAUAAGAUCAAGGGAAAUUCCAGUGCUAUAUCUAAGGCAGGGAGUGGGGCAGAUACUGCAGAUUCUGCUCAGCUCCAGGUUGUGUCCACUUCCCAGGGUGAGGCCUCACUUGGUACUGGGAAUAAGGUCAAGGGCAAUCCCAAUGCUGUGCCUAAGGCAGAGGCUGGGGCAAGUUCAGUAGGCUCUGCUCAACCACAGGCUGUCAGCAGUUCUCAGAGUGAUGCUUUGCCUUGUGCCAGAAGUAAGGUCAAUGGAACUCCCAGUGCCGUACCUCAGGCAGAGGCUGGGAAAAGUACUGGAAGCUCUGCUCAGCCUCAAGUUAUGGCCAGUUCCCAGGGUGAGACCUUGCUUGGUGCCAAGAGUAAGGUCAAGAGCAGUCUCAAAGCUGUGUCUAAGCCAGAGGCUGGGGCAGGGACAACAGGCUCUGUCCAGUCCCAGGCUGUAACUGGUGCCCAAAGUGAGGCCUUGUCUGGGGCCAAGAAUAAGAAUAAGGGCAAUCCCAAUGCUGUGCCUAAGGCCGAGGCUGGGGCAGGCACAAUUGGUUCUGCCUGCCCCCAGGUUGUACUUAAUUCCCAGGGUGAAACCUUGCAUGGUACUAGGAGUAAGGUCAAGAGCAAUCACAAUGCUGUGUCUGAUACAGGGGCUGGGACAGACACAGUGGGCUCUGCUCAGUCUCAGGCUGUGGGCAGUUCCCAGAAUGAGGCCUUGCCUACUUCCAAGAAUAAAGUCAGGGGAAAUCGCAAUUCUGCACCUAAGGCAGGGGCUAGGCCAGAUACAGUAGGCUCUGCCCAGCCUCAGUCUACAACUAGUUCCCAGGGUAAGGCUUUGCCUGGUGCCAAGAAUAAGAUUAAAGACAAUCCUAAUACUUUGCCUAAGGCAGAGGCUGGAAAAAAUACUGGAAGCUCUGCUCAGCCUCAAUUUAUGGCCAGUUCCCAAGGCGAGUCCUUGCUUGGUGCCAGGAGUAAGGUCAAGAGCAAUCCCAAUGGUGUGUCUAAGCCAGAGACUGGAGCAGGGACAAUAGGCUCUGUCCAGUCCCAGGCUAUGACCAGUGCCCAAAGUGAGGCCUUGCCUGGUGCCAAGAAUAAGAAUAAGGGCAAUUCCAAUGCUGUGCCUAAGGCUGAGGCUGGGGCAGGUACAACAGGUUCUGCCCAGACCCAGGCUAUGGCUGCUUCUCAGGGUGAGUCCUCGCUUGGUGCCAGGAAUAAGGUCAGGGGUAACUCCAGUGCUACACUUAAAGCAGGAUCUAGGUCAGGCACAAGGGGUUCUGCUCAAUUCCAAAAUAUGGCCACUUCCAAGCAUGAGGCCAUGCCUGGGGCAAGAGACAAGGCUAAACUUAAUUCUGAGGCAGAAGUCACAGCAGCUAGUGAGGUUUCUGCAGGGCUUGCAGGGGAGACCAUACCCACUUCUGAGAGUGAGGGUGGCACUGGUGCUCAGGCUUGCAGAAAGACUCAGCCAAGUGUUCAUGACUACUAUUGGAAUGGGAUCGGUGUUGAGGACUGGAUUGCUGCUGAGCGGUGGAUCAAGUUUAGGUUUCAGGCCAUGGAUGGAGACUGGGAAAACAGUGUGUCCUGGGCUGAUGAGAAUGAAGCCAAUAUUGGGUCCUGGGCUGUGGCCUGUGAUGAAGCUAGUGUCAAGUCCUGGGCUGGGGCUAGAGCUGAAAAUGAAGUCAAUAUUGGGUCCUGGACAGGAGCUGGGGAACAGGCUAGUGGAGGGCUCUGGGUUGCAAGUCAGGCUAGUGAGGGGUGGGCUGGGGUUGAGAACCAGGCCAGUGGGGGGACUUGGGUUGUUUCUGGGAACCAGGCCAUCGCAGGGUCCUGGGCUGUGGGUCAGGCCACUGAAGCAUCUUGGGCUGGGUGCCAGGCCACUGGGGUGUCCUGGGCUGGUGAAGUGGCUAUUGGAGGAUCCUGGACAGGGGUUGAGAACCAAGCCAGUGGAGCGGCUUGGGCUGGAGCUAGCACUGGUAAUAUGGUGAGUGUUGGAUAUUGGACUGGAGCUGUGGAUCAGGCUAGUGGAGGGACCUGGAUUGCACCUGGUAAUCAGUCUGUUGGUGGGUCCAAGGCUGUAUUUGAAGAUCAGGUCAAUGAAAAGGGGUCCUGGGCUGUGGUUGGUGGCCAGGCCAGUACAGGAGCCAGAUUGGGGCCUGUAGACCAGACCAGUGGUGUGUCCUGGCCUGACUCUGGCAGUCAGGGUGGUGGAGGUUCCUGGACUGAGACUAGUGAGCAGUCUGGUGGUGAGGCUAAUCAUAGAUUUGAGAGUCAGGCUGGUGAAGAAAGGUCUUGGUCUGGGCCUGAUGGCCAGGCUGCUGGAGUGUCUAAGUCGGGACCCGAGAAUCAGUCCAGUGGAAAGACCUGGGCAGACUCUGGAGAUCAAAUCAAUGGCGGAUUCUUGGUUGGAGCAGUAAACCAGACUGAUGGAGGGUCCCAGGCUGGGACUGAGGAUUUGGCUGCUAGUGGGGCACAGCCUGUUUUUGAUGCUCAGGUCAAUGGAGGGUCCUGGGCUGAUGCUAGAGAUCAGGUUAGUGUAGAAUCUAGGCUGGGUCCCAAUCCAGCAGACCAAGCUACUGGAAAUUCCUGGGUUGCCACUGGGGACCAGGGCACUGGAUGGUUCUGUGCUUAUACUGGGAGUCAGACCAAUGGAGGAGGGCCUUGGGGUGAGGCUGCAGGCCAGAAUGUUGGAAGACCUAGGCUGGUGCCCACAACUCAGUCUAGUGGUGGGUCCUGGGCUGGUAUUGGGAGUCAGGUCAUUGGAGGAUCCUGGACUGGGAAUCAGGCUGGUGGCUGUCCCAAAUCUGAAUUUGGGGAUCAGGCCAUUGCUGUAGGGUAUUGGCCUGGGACUGGAAACCAGGCUGGUGGAAGCUCCAGGCCAGAGCCCGAGGACCAGUCCAGCGGAGGAGAGCCCUGGGGUGCAGCUGGUGGCCAGGUCAUUGGAACAUCUAGGUCAGGACCUACAGACCAGUCUAAUGGUACAUUCUGGGUUGGUGCUGGAGCUCAGGUCAGUGGAACAUCCUGGGCUGGGGCUGGAGGACAGGCCAGUGGAGAAUCCUGGGCUGAAUCUAAGCCCAGGAAUGAGACCAGUGCAGUGUCUAGCCUAGGACCUGAGGACCAGGCCAGUGGAGGCUCCUGGGAUAGAUCUCAGGACCAGACCAGUGGAAAGUUCUUGGUCAGUGCUGAGGUGGAAGCCAAUGAAGGAUUCUGGUUUGGGCCUGGGAGUGAGGCUCUUAUAGGAACUUGGUGCUGGACAGGGGAAGGAGCUAUUAUUGUGCCUAGGUCUGAUAUUAAGGGUGGGCCCAGUACUGAAUGUAGAUCAGAAGAAGAAGCCAUGACCAGUUCUAGAUUUGACACUGAGAAUAAGGCAAGUCUUGGGUCCUGGAUCAGCUCUGAGGAUGCAACUUAUAUUGGUUCCUGUGUGGAGACUGAGGCUGGGGCUGCAGCUGGGGCUGAGACUCCAUCUGGGGCUGCAGCCAGGGCUCAGGCAGGGGCUGCACCUGGGUUUGAAGCUGGGGCUAUGGUUGGAGCUGUGGCUGGAGCAGAGGCCAGGAUGUCAUCAUGGUCUUGGAAUAGAGAUAACCUUAGGGAUGAGGAAGAGAUUGUCACAGGGUCCUGGACUUGGGCUAGGAAUAUAGAUGAAGAUGAGUUAAGUCUGAGUGGAUCUUCCAGCCCUGAUAUUGAGGAGAUCAGUUUAAGAUCUUUGUUUUGGGCUGAGCCUGAAAACAGUAAUGAGUGUAGAUCCAAGAAUGAAAAAAAGAUUGAUUUUGAGUCUGCAAUUCAGGAUAGGGCCGUUAACAAUAAGUUUGAGGUUGCUGAUGGUGUUGAUAUAAGGUCUUGGUUCAGUACUGGUAAUGAAAAUGGCAGUGACGAUAAAUCCACAAGUAAAGACAAAGCUAAAACGUUAGCCAAGUCAAAAGGCUUGUAUCCAUCCAUGGUUCCUGGUGCAGGAAUGGGGUCAUGGGAUGGAGCUGUGAUCUGGUCAGAAAUGAAAUUUUCAAGAUAUGAGCCUGGCUUCUUAACUGGAAAUGAGUUCAGAAAACAGAACAAGACUGGAGAAAAAAAUCGGCCCUGGUCCUGCCGCUGUAAAUUUGAAGCUAAUAUGGAUCCACGAGACCUUGAGAAACUUAUUUGCAUGAUUGAGAUGACCGAAGACCCUUCUGUUCAUGAGAUAGCUAAUAAUGCUCUGUAUAACAGUGCUGAUUAUCCUUAUUCCCAUGAAGUUGUUCGUAAUGUUGGUGGAAUCUCAGUUAUUGAAGGCUUGCUUAGUAAUCCCCACCCCAGUGUUAGGCAGAAGGCUUUAAAUGCACUGAAUAAUAUCUCAGUGGCUGCUGAAAACCAUAGGAAGGUUAAAACAUACUUAAACCAAGUAUGUGAAGACACAGUCACUUAUCCUUUGAACUCAAAUGUGCAACUGGCUGGUCUAAGAUUGAUAAGGCACCUAACAAUUACUAGUGAGUAUCAGCAUAUGGUUACAAACUAUAUUUCAGAGUUUCUUCGUUUGUUAACUGUGGGAAGUGGAGAAACUAAAGACCAUGUCUUGGGAAUGCUCGUGAAUUUCUCUAAAAAUCCAUCUAUGACAAAAGAUUUGCUCAUUGCUAAUGCACCAACAGCACUGAUUAACAUUUUUAGCAAGAAGGAGACAAAAGAGAAUAUUCUUAAUGCUCUUUUACUCUUUGAAAAUAUAAAUUAUCAUUUUAAAAGAAGGUCAAAAGCAUUUACUCAAGACAAAUUCAGUAAAAAUUCCCUUUACUUUCUAUUCCAACGGCCUAAAGCAUGUGCCAAGAAACUUCGACUUUUAGCAGCGGAAUGCAGUGACCCUGAGGUGAAAGAAAGAGUUGAGAUAUUAAUAAGUAAACUCUGAUUGGCUAUGUAUGCUCAAACUUGAAUGAUGCACAUUGUAAACUGCAUUAUAAUUUUGAAUCUGAUGUUACCUAUGAUGGUCUACGCCUAGACCAUUUUAUGAACACCAAAUGAAUGAAAACUUGUACUAAAAAUACAUGUGAUGAUUUUUAUCUUGUUUGGAUUAAGAUAUUUUAAGUAUGCUUCAUGAGCAGAACUGAACUGAUUCUUUAUAACUAAGGUAAUCUUUGGUCCUUUGUGUGGACUUAUGUUUAUACAUUUGAGAUUUUAUUUUUCUGUCAUCAAUAAAGUUGUGUGUUUUAAGC